GGACUACGAGAUCAUGUUCCACGUGUCCACCAUGCUGCCCUACACGCCCAACAACCGCCAGCAGCUUCUCCGGAAGCGCCACAUCGGCAACGACAUCGUCACCAUCAUCUUCCAAGAGCCCGGCGCGCUGCCCUUCACGCCCCAGAACAUCCGCUCGCACUUCCAGCACGUCUUCAUCAUCGUGCGCGCCCACCAGCCCUGCUCCGACAGCGUCUCCUACAGCGUCGCCGUCACCCGCUCCAAGGACGUCCCUCCCUUCGGCCCCCCGGUGCCGCCGUCCGGCGUCACCUUCCGCCGCUCCGACCUCUUCCGCGCCUUCCUCUUGGCCAAGGCCAUCAACGCCGAGAACGCCGCCCACAAAUCCCACAAAUUCCGCACCAUGGCCACCAGGACGCGCCAGGAAUACCUGCGGGACCUGGCGGAAAACUACGUCACCAACACGCCCUUGGACACGGUCGGGAAGUUCAACCUCAUCUCCUUGGCUUCCAAGAAGAAGGAGAAAUCCAAAGCGCGGCCCUUGGCGGAGCUGGAGAGCGCCGGCGCCGUGUCGUGGCGCGUCUCGGCGUUGGAUUUCGGCCGGGGCGGCGCGGAGGUGCCGUGCGUGUUGGGCGUCUCCAAGGAGUUGGUGGUGCUGGUGGACCUGGCGGCCAAGGAGGUGGUGUUCCAUUGCUUCACCGGCGACGUGAUCGGCUGGAGCGCCGAGGGGGCGGCGCUGAGGAUCUACCACGGGCGCGGGGAUCUGGUCAGCCUCAGGGUGGGAGCGGGAGCGGGAUCGGGAUCGGCACCGGGAUCGGGAUCGGGAUCGGGAUCGGGAGCGGAGGAAGGAGCCGAGGGAGCGGCCGAGGAGGUCAAGGAGAUCGUGCAGAGGUUGAAGAUGACGACGCCGGGCUGCGCCACGGUGGACAUGACGCUGCGGCGCAACGGCCUGGGCCAGCUGGGCUUCCACGUGCACCCCGACGGCAGCGUGGCCGAGGUGGAGGAGUACGGCUUCGCCUGGCAGGCCGGGCUGCGGCGCGGCAGCCGCCUGCUCGAGGUGUGCAAGGUGGCCGCCGUGGCGCUGAGCCACGAGCAGAUGAUCGACCUGCUGCGCACCUCGGUCACCGUCACCGUGGUCAUCGUGCCGCCGCACGAGGAUGGCACGCCCAGGAGGUUGGUGGUGUGGUUGGGUGUUGUUGGUGCCAUCUUG